GUCGUCUCUUGUAUUGGAUGCACUCGCUGCUUCUUCGUAGGAGAAUACAUCGUCAGCGAAAAUUGGCCGUCAGCAUGAAUUCUUACUUGGUACUUCUUCUGUUAGCCUUCAGUGCAGCAUGCAUUGCCCUUCCAGCGCCCAAAGCCGAGCCACAGCCUGAAGCUUUUGCGCUCGCUGAAGCCUACCCCGAAGCAUACGCUGAAGCAUACCCUGAAGCGUACGCUGAAGCCUACCCUGAAGCGUACGCUGAAGCCUACCCCGAAGCAGCACCUGGACCGUCUGCUUUUGCCUACCCUGAACCCAACCCUUAUGCUUCUCCCCUAGCGUACGCUGAAGCCUUUCCUGAAGCAGCAGCUCUGCGUUCCCAAGCUUUCAGGCGCAGGCAUCGGCCAUAUCCGAGUUGCUACGAGUAAAACUUAAACAAGAGCAUCUAGGAAAUAAAACAUGGUGGCCACAGUGCUCGGUGAUUGGGGCCAUUAUGUUGGUCGUUACGGAGGUGGGAAGAGUUGAAAAGGCUGCAUUUCUAGUAGGUAGUAAAAAGCAAUAGGAUAUCGGCUCUUAAAUGUGUGAUGUCCUCAAAGGAAACGCUUCAUGCUUAAUAGGUUUUGAAGUGGUUGUUUUGAAGUGCUCAUUGUUGGUUUCUCUUAUAAAGAGACUUACCUAUAGCAAACCGUUCGUGUUUUGUACUAAGAUGACUUGUAGUAUAUGAAUAAGCCAUAUUUUUAAAGGUUCUAUUCGUGUUAUUUUGCAUUAUGCAAUGUAAUAUAAUUGAGACUUGUAAAUUUAUUUAUUAAACUUUCAUCAUAAAA